AUGGACGCCACGGCGGAUCCCCUGCUGCCCCAGCCGGCAGCCGCCGUGGACCACCUCGGCCGCCCAGUCUCCCGCCUCACCUCCGGCCGGUGGCCCGCCGCGUUCUUCAUCAUCGGCGUGGAGAUCUCGGAGCGGUUCGCCUACACCGGCAUCUCAGGGAACCUCAUCGCCUACCUCACCGGACCGCUAGGGCAGUCCACGGCGUCGGCCGCCGCGACCAUCAACGCCUGGAACGGCGUCGCGCUCCUGCUGCCGCUGCUCGGCGUGGCCGCCGUCGCCGAUUCCUGGCUCGGCCGUUACCGGACCGUAGUCUGCGCCUCUCUGCUCUACAUCCUGGGCCUGGGCAUGCUCACACUAUCAUCAAUUCUUGCGACACAACUACCAGCACAACUUGGAGACUGCAUGGAUUCCGCUCUAUACUCAACUUCGACUGCUCAUUUACCUUUUUUCUACAUCUCCCUCUAUAUGGUGGCCUUUGCUCAAGGUGGGCACAAACCUUGUGUGCAAGCAUUUGGGGCAGACCAAUUUGAUGAGAAUGACCCUGAAGAAUAUGCCUCGAGAAGUUCCUUCUUCAACUGGUGGUAUUUUGGGACUUAUGGAGGCACUCUUGUUACAGUUUCAAUCUUGAAUUACAUUCAAGAGAACAUAAGCUGGCAGUAUGGGUUUGGAAUCCCGUGCGUCGUCAUGUCUCUGUCUCUUGCGGUUUUCUGGCUUGGGACCAGGACUUACCGCUUUUACCCUGUAAGAAGUGAUGGAAGUCUAUUUGGAGAGGUUCGCAGAUACCUUUUAUCAUUAAUUAGAACCUGGCAUGCAUCAUGGUGUUUGAGGCACACUGUGAUUUUGAUUGGCAGAUCAACCGAUGAUUCUGACUGCAUGCCAACAUCGACAUCCAGCGGAGCCAAGGAUAAUGCAGAAAUGAUAUGUUUCCCUGAUGAAGCCAAGUCAGUGCUUAAGUUGUUUCCGAUAGGGGCAACCUGCCUGAUCUAUGCAGUUGUUUUUGCCCAGUGGACCACGAUGUUCACUAAACAAGCAAGUACACUAGAUAGGCGGGUAGGUAGCCUACAGGUACCAGCUGCUGCCCUACAAAGCCUGAUCGGCAUGUCAAUCAUCAUCUCAAUUCCUAUAUAUGACCAGAUACUCGUUCCACUAGCCAGAAAAUACUCAAAGAACCCCAGUGGUAUCACACCCUUGCAAAGGAUUGGAACUGGACUAGCCAUCUCCGUGAUCUUGAUGGUUGUCGCGGCCCUCGUGGAGAUGAGAAGGCUCAGGAUAGCCAGAGAAUAUGUCCUAGUGGACAAACCUGAAGCGACCAUUCCGAUGAGCUUUUGGUGGAUGGUACCCCAGUUUGUCCUGGCCGGUCUGGCGGACAUGUUCACAGUGGUCGGCCUGCAAGAAUUCUUCUACGACCAAGUGCCUGAGGAUCUGCGCAGCAUGGGCCUUGCCUUAUACCUGAGCAUACUCGGGGCCGGGAGCUUCGGCAGUAGCAUUCUGGUGUACGCGAUCGACUGGGUAACCAGCAACAGCGGAGAUAGUUGGUUCUCGGACAAUCUAAACCGAGGUCAUCUCGAUUACUUCUACUGGCUUCUGGCCGUGCUCAGUGUUCUCGGGUUGGCUGCUUUUCUUUACUUUUCACAAGUGUAUGUCCACAAGAGAAAGGGCAUUUCAGCAGAAUGA